UGAUUAAAAGGUUUAACAUAUAAAAGAUAGUUAUAAAAAUAAAUAUCAUGAUUCUUAAAGUCAUUGGUAGCAUUUUUUUCCCGCCUCUUAUUUGGUUUGUCUACAGUUACAUCAAACAUCUUAUAGAAUGUUUGUACUAUCCGAAAGGACCAGUUCCUCUACCGUUCAUAGGAAAUACAAACUUAUUAAGAAAAAAGGAAACUUGUAAAGAGUUUGUUAAUCUUGGGAAGAUAUAUGGUGAUAUUUUUGGAUUCAGCAUUGGUUCUAUUAGAUAUGUAAUUGUUAACAACUUAGAAGGUAUUCAUGAAGUUUUAAUUAAAAAAGGCUCACAAUUUUCUGGUCGACCAAAGAUUAUAUAUUGGAGUAGAACAAUGAACAGCCUCAUCAAUAACGACUUAAAUGCAACCUUUAAAGUUUUACGAAAAAUAACAUCCUCAUCAUUAAAGAUUUAUGCGGAAGGAUUGGUGGGAAUGGAAAAAAGAGCUAUUGAGGAAUACACCCACUUAAAUAAAAAGCUUUUAUCAUUGAAAGGGCAAGCAGUAUCUAUUAAAAACAUGAUUGAACUAACCACCCUUAACAUUAUUUGCACAAUCCUUUUCAAUCAACGCUAUGAACAAGACGAUGAUGAAUUUCAAAAUAUCAUAAAGUAUUCAAAUUUGUCAUUUAAAGCAUUUAGUGCAAGCAAUCUUCUAAGUUCUAUUCCGUGGUUACGCUAUUUUCCAACAACUGCAUCAAAGUAUAUUCAAGAGAUUGAAAGACUUCGGGAUCCAAUUUUAAAACGAAAACUUCAAGAGCACAGAAAAUCAUAUGACGAGAAUAACUUACGUGAUAUAACAGAUGCUUUAAUUAAAGCUUCUAUUCAUUUAAAUGCAGAGAAAGAUUCUCUCAUAAAGGUUACUGAUGACAACAUUCAGUUUAUUUUAAACGAUUUAAUACUCGCUGGAUCAGAAACGUCAUCGAGCACAAUUACUUGGUUUAUUGUUUAUAUGCUACAUUAUCCUGAAUACCAAGAUAAGAUAUUUAAUGAAGUUAUAAAAGUAACGUCAGGUAACCGCUAUCCAUGCUUAAACGAUCGUCCUUUGCUUCAUUUAUUGCAAGCUACUAUUCAUGAAACAUUGAGAUUGUCGUCUGUAGCUCCUUUAGGUUUGCGUCAUAAAGCUAUGGAAAACAGUACAAUUUGUGACAAACCUGUUUUAAAAGGCACACUUAUUAUAACUAAUUUAUGGAGCAUUCACCAUGAUGAAAGAUACUGGAAAAAUCCCAUGAGUUUUUAUCCCGAGCGCUGGUUAAAUGAAACUGGUGAGUUUGACUACAAGUUAGGUAACGCUUAUAUUCCCUUUUCAGGCGGACCACGUGCUUGUUUAGGAGAAACCUUGGCAAAAACCGAAUUAUUUGUCAUUAUUUCGCGUUUAGUAACAGAUUUUUAUUUUGAGAAAUCUGUUGAAGAAGACUUACCACGCUUAGACAGUUUUCCUGGUGUCACCCGUUCUCCCUAUGACUUCAAAGUUGUGGUCGUUUCAAGAAGUUAAACUUUGAGUAUUUUUUUUAAAUCCAUGGUCAAACUGAAAACUUAUCUUUUAUUUUUAACUACUUAUAAAUAUAAUGUAUUUGAAUUUUAAGAGAUAAUGGCAAUUAGCAAUUAAAUAUUACCUACAUUUUAACGUAAAACGCAAUUAUUAUUUAAAGGUUACAGAACAGGAUGAGCUAUUUCAGCAUUCAUGUUUAUACGUAAAAGAACUAUUAUUUCUAUAAAUAAACGAUAUAAUUUGUAUAACGCGGGUUAUAAUUUUAUUAUAUUUUAUCUUUGUU